UCUAUGCAGCCAACAAUUUAAGCAGAACAGGAAGAAGAAUUUGCACUUGUCUGUAUCGGAGCAGUUGGUUUAAUAGUUUAAGACAUCAGGAACUUUUUCUGGAUUACGAAUAUAGAUCAAUUUCGCUUGAAUGCAGAUGGAGGACAAACCCAGCCUGCUGCUCUCCUUCCAAACUAAGCCCAAACAAGAGGCACUGGAUUCUGAUUGUGAAGCUCAAUGGGCAUUGGGGGAUUCAGAGAUGGCAUCAGUAAAGCUGGAGGAAAAAAGUCAAAAACUGGGGCUGGAUGUUACUAUUAAAGAUGAAGAGGAGGAGAAGAAUGUGGUUAUCAUUAAUAAUGGAGAGGGAGAUUUACUCACUCAAGAUGGGAUUCCUGAAGUGGAGACACUUGGAGAGAAACAACAGGAAGACUACAAUCAUAAGAAGUCUCACCACUGUCCCCACUGUGAAAAAAAUUUCUCAUUUCUAUCACUGUUAAAAAAACACAUUAAGAUCCAUACUGGAGAGAAGCCUUACUCUUGUUCUGACUGUGGGAAGUGUUUCUCUCAAUUAGGUCACCUUAAAGUUCACCAGCGCAUACAUACUGGUGAUAAGCCUUACUCCUGUUCUGACUGUGGGAAGUGUUUCUCUCGAUUAGGUCACCUUAAAAUUCACCAGCGCGUACAUACUGGUGAAAAGCCUUACUCCUGUUCUGACUGUGGGAAGUGUUUCUCUCGAUUAGGUAUUCUUAAAAUUCACCAGCGCAUACAUACUGGUGAUAAGCCUUACUCCUGUUCUGACUGUGGGAAGUGUUUCUCUCGAUUAUGUAGCCUUAAAAUUCAUUGGCGCAUACAUACUGGUGAUAAGCCUUACUCCUGUUCUGACUGUGGGAAGUGUUUCUCUCGUUUAGGUAACCUUAAAGUUCACCAGCGCAUACAUACUGGUGAUAAGCCUUACUCCUGUUCUGACUGUGGGAAGUGUUUCUCUCGAUUAGGUGAUCUUAAAAUUCACCAGCGCAUACAUACUGGUGAAAAGCCUUACUCCUGUUCUGACUGUGGGAAGUGUUUCUCUCGAUUAGGUAACCUUAAAAUUCACCAACGCAUACAUACUGGUGAAAAGCCUUACUCCUGUUCUGACUGUGGGAAUUGUUUUUCUCGAUUAGGUCGCCUUAAAUUUCAUCAGCGCAUACAUACUGGUGAUAAGCCUUACUCCUGUUCUGACUGUGGGAAGUGUUUUUCUCAUUUAGGUCGGCUUAAAGUUCAUCAGCUCAUACAUACUGGUGAUAAGCCUUACUCCUGUUCUGACUGUGGGAAGUGUUUCUCUCGAUUAGGUAACCUUAAAGUUCACCAGCGCAUACAUACUGGUGAUAAGCCUUACUCCUGUUCUGACUGUGGGAAGUGUUUCUCUCGAUUAGGUCACCUUAAAGUUCACCAGCGCAUACAUACUGGUGAUAAGCCCUACUCCUGUUCUGACUGUGGGAAGUGUUUCUCUCGAUUAGGUUGCCUUAAAAUUCAUCAGCGCAUACAUACUGAUGAUAAGCCUUAUUCCUGUUCUGUCUGUGGAAAGUGUUUAUCUCGAUUAGGUAGCCUUAAAAUUCACCAGCGCAUACAUACUGGUGAUAAGCCUUACUCCUGUUCUGACUGUGGGAAGUGUUUCUUUCGAUUAGGUGAUCUUAAUAUUCACCAGCGCAUACAUACUGGUGAAAAGCCUUACUCCUGUUCUGACUGUGGGAAAUGUUUCUCUCGAUUAGGUCACCAGAAAGUUCACCAGCGCAUACAUACUGGUGAUAAGCCUUACUCCUGUUCUGACUGUGGGAAGUGUUUCUCUCAUUUAGGUCACCUUAAAAUUCACCAGCGCAUACAUACUGGUGAUAAGCCUUACUCCUGUUCUGACUGUGGGAAUUGUUUUAUCUCAUCAUUUAAACUUACUAUACAUCAGAGAGUCCAUACUGGUGGUAAGCCUUACAUGUCCACAGAAGCUUCCUCACUUCCAUCAUAUCCUGGUAGAGACUUACAGAAUGAGUUGGUGACAUGAAAAGGGAAACAGUAAGAGGGGAUUGGUUGUUUGUAUCACUUUAUACUGGAUGUGUGUUUCUUAAUUUUCAAUCCUUCUAUAUUUGCAUAGAUUCUGUAUGUCGGUAUUAAAGAUCUGCUUCAUCAUUUGGACAAAUAUUUUGAGUACUUUUAUUUAUUUUUUUGCGAAAAUACUCCUAGAGUAGCCAAGGCAGUAUUGCCUGGAAGCUUUUGUUAAAAAAAUUACUUCUGUGUUGUUAUUGUGUGUUUGUGUGUUCUGAUCCGACCUUUUGAUACCUAGGGGAAGAAAUUGGCUUUAAUCACUUUGAUAUUAAUUUAAUGUAUAAACUGCCUAAAUAUAGUUUGAUAUUGUGUUACCAGAAUAGACACAAUUAUCUAAGAUCUAGGAGGGCUAGAAGAAUAUGGGGCACAGUUUACCCCAUUAGUUGUCUAGAUGGCAUUUCAUUAUCAGAUUAAUCUGAUACUGUUAGCUGUGUUACAGCUUUGAUAGAAAAAAGUUUAGUUUCAUUCGAUUUCACUGCAUUGAAUUUUUCUUGUUUUAUGUAGUAGAUUACGUGAGAUUAUUGAUGAAUGUAUGUUUUGUUACAAGUUUACACUGCGUUCACAAUUAUUAGGCACAUUGUUCAACAAUAAAAUAAAUCUUGAAAUGCAAUCACAAUGCUUUAUGUCAAUUCAAAAUAUCAUUGAACUUCAGUGAGUCAUUGAACAGUGAACAGUGAGUUUUGAUCUUUUUCAGGGGAAUAUAUAAGGGUGCACAAUUAUUAGGCAACAAUUGGUGGGCAGAAUUAUUAAGCAUCAAAAUUGCAAAAACAACUUCUCUCAACUUUUCAAAAAAAGAACCAUAAACAUGCAUUUCAUGAUAUGGAAGUUGAAUAUGAUCUCCAUUAGCUGAUGCACAAACUACACUUCCUGUGGUCCACAGUAAAAAUACCAGCUUGGCAAAACAAGAAAAUAGAUGAAUACAGAAUUACAAAUAGUAGGAUUGUACAGUAUUUACACAUUUUAUGUUACUAUCCUGACAAUAUUAACACAUUUAUUAUCACUACAGUAAAUGUCAGCAAUGCACAUUUGAUUUCGAAAUCUGCUUUGUUCUAUGUUUUAAAAAAGAUGAGCUGAAAGGGAGUCCCAUUCUACCUUUGUACAAUUCUAACCAAUACAAUUAUGACAAAGGUUGCCAUCGUUGUGGCUUGACUGACCAUUGGGUACGCGAUUGUCCUGAAAAGGACACAAGAGAAGAUGGACAAAUGAAUAGGGACAAUUUUAAUUCCGGUGGAUUUACAGUGAACAACCCAAGAGCACAUAGGACUGAAAAUGACCAGGGACGGGGUGGUCCGGGGCACAUCUACCGGUGAGAUCGAUCCAUUACAUGACCCGCACAUAUUGAUGUUAUGCAGACACUUAAUGUACAAGCUUUUAGAGAAAAUGUAGAGUACCAAGUUAAACCCACGAUGUUUCUUACAAUUAAUGGUAAACAGAAUUUGUGGUUGAUUCCGGAGUGGGAUAUUCUGUCCUUAGAGCCCAGGAAUGGGAUCCGCUUCCGAAAUUAAGUGGUAGAACUAUAAUUACAGUAGGGGCAAGUGGGGGACACACCACUGAGCGAUUUACAACCCCUCUGUCGGUUAUAGACGACGAACGCCAGCGUUAUCCAAGACAUUCAUUUCUGUUUUCCAAUUGUUGUCCAGUUAAUUUGUUAGCUAGGGAUUUGAUGACACAGUUAGGGAUCACAUUAGAAUGUUCAGACAAAGGCAUGCGAAUUAAACAUACUGUUUUGCAAGCAUUUCAAAAUAGUGUUCAGUCUGUUGAUUAUUGUUAUUCAUGGGAUUUAGAGCUGUUUCACAUGAGUUGGUAAAUAAGGCGAUGAAUAGAGUAGAAACUGGUUCGGCUUUGUUUAUGGAUAUGAGCGACUUGCGUUGCUCGGCGAAGGUUUCAGAGAGUCAGGAUGUUGGUUUUGAGAAAGUGUGGUUCGACAAUGGUAAAAGUGAUUUUUUGGCAGGUGAAUAUGUAUACUGGUCUUUGGAGGGUUUUUGUGCCUGGUCUGUGCGGAAGGUGAGAGAGGUGUCUCGCUUUUUUGAUGUGGAGGGUUCAGACCCCCAUGUUCCCCUUGCUAAACCUGUGUUUGGCACGUGGGCUAGCUUGGGUCCUUGGGUGAGGGGGUGCAAUACAGUAGUGGACUGGGUCCCUUGUCACAUGGUGGGAGUGGAAUUCUCCGCGGCAGCCCAGGCCUAUACAGAGAGGUUUGGGUGCCCCGUUUUGGGAAAACGGGAAGUACAUCUUGUGCCGCAUGAGGACUGGGUCCGC